AGCAAUUGAUUUUUCUUUUUAAACGCACGUCCAUACCAUGAAUAUCCCAAAUAAUCUUGGUUUGCACCCCCUUGCUCAUACUCGUGUCGGUGGGAAAUACAGACUUGGUCGUAAAAUUGGUAGUGGUAGUUUUGGUGAUAUAUAUUUAGGAACAAAUGUGGUUACACAAGAAGAAGUUGCUGUGAAGCUUGAAAAUGUUCGUGCAAGACAUCCUCAACUUGAAUAUGAGGCACGUGUUUACAAAAGUCUUGCUGGAGGAGUCGGAAUUCCCUUUGUUCGCUGGUUUGGUGUUGAACUCGAUUACAAUUGCAUGGUGGUUGAUCUUCUUGGACCUUCUCUCGAGGAUUUGUUCAAUUUUUGUGGCCGAAAGUUUAGUUUAAAGACAGUUUUACUUCUUGCCGAUCAGUUGAUUUCUAGAAUCGAGUUUAUCCAUGCCAAAAACUUUUUGCAUCGUGAUAUUAAGCCUGACAACUUUUUAAUGGGUCUUGGAAAACGUGGCAAUCAAGUCAAUGUUAUUGAUUUUGGUCUGGCUAAAAAGUAUCGUGAUCCACGUACUCAUCUUCACAUUCCAUAUAAAGAGAACAAGAACCUUACUGGAACUGCUCGUUAUGCUAGUAUCAAUACUCAUUUGGGAGUUGAACAAUCUCGCCGAGAUGAUCUCGAAUCUCUUGGUUAUGUACUCAUGUAUUUCCUUCGCAGCUCUCUUCCGUGGCAGGGACUCAAGGCUGCUACCAAAAAACAAAAGUACGAUCGUAUCAUGGAGAAGAAAAUGACGACUCCUACUGAGUUGCUCUGCAAGGGAUUCCCACCAGAGUUUGCCGUGUAUCUCAACUAUACACGCACUUUAAGAUUUGAUGAUAAACCUGAUUAUAGCUACUUGCGCAAGCUGUUUCGCGAUCUAUUUGUUCGUGAAAUGUUUCACUAUGACUAUGUUUUUGAUUGGACUGUUGUCAAGUAUCAGCAGGAGGCAAAGGAAGGCGGUGCUAGCGGUGCUGCUCGUGAAGAACAGCCAAAUCCAGAGCAUGAUGCUGCAGCUACUCCAGAAGGUGAAAAAGACGGCGCGGGUGAGGGCUGGCGUAUGCCCCGUUCUACUGUUCAAGGCGGCAUGUCAACCCGUCCUACGACUACCCAAACACAUGGUCAAAUGCCAGAGUCUACUGCUCCAAUGACCUCUAGUCAACGACCACCAGCUGGAUCAGACCCUACUAAAUCUGACCCACAAAUGCAGAAUUCUGCUCGCGCAUAUAAACCCGCCGGACCUUUUUCAGGUCGUCCCAAUUGAAUAUUGGGCUAGAUUACAAUCUCUGUAGUACGUCUCUGGUUACGUCUUGAUCCACUUUUGGUUAUCGCUGUGGUGUCUGUAGACACCUCUUCUUCCACUUGUUUGCAUUUCUUGCUUUUCAUUAUCCACAUAUUUUUAGACUGACUCGAUUAGACAAAUUUCUUUUAUCCGGCGAGUCCACACUUGUAAGAGUGAGAAUGGCUAGGGGUUUUGUACUAUUCGAGUUUAAUUUUUUAAUGUGUUGAUAUGACAAGAUGCAGAGUAUGGAAUGCUUGAAUAUGCAGUUGAUUUCAUUGGGUUUUGAUGGGCUUGGGUCAAUGCUGAGGUUUGCCAGUCCGACUUAUUAGGACUCCAAAGUGCUCGUUCUAUUUCAUUGUGAUGGAGGUUGAAUCUGUGACUAUAGGUUGGCAAUAAAUUUUCAAACUUUCAAUAGGUUU